UCUCACACACUCUCUCUCUCUCAAUUCAUUAGUACUCCUUAACGACCAUCUCUCUCUCACACACUCUUUCUCUCAAUUCAUUAGUACUCCUUAAUGACCAUCUCUCUCUCUCUCUCAAUUAGUCGUCCUUAUCGACCAUCUCUCUCUCUCACACACAUAUAAACAACCUUUCUCUCUCUUUUUCUCUUUCUAACACAUAUACCAAUAGUUUCCCUCGUUCACUACCAAAACUCUUUCAGAAUCCCUCUCUCUCUUUCUCUCAAGUACAAAACAUUGAUCCAUUAUUCAAUGGCUGAUAUUGCCAAGCCUUGGCCAUUGAAAUUUGAGUUGGAAAGUGACUACAGCAACUUCAAGUAUUGGAAGUCUUGUGUGGAGUCUUACUUAGAAGGAGAAGGUUUGGUUGAGAUCACUUGUGGGUCAGGGAGUGAAGUUGAUGAUGACACAGUAAGAGAGGAUAAAGCUAAGAAGUGGAGGGCCAAGAGGGGGAAGGCCCUUUACAUUCUAAAGACCACCAUAAACAAAGAUCUUCAUCGAUAUAUAGAACAUGCUAAAACCCCAAGGGAUGCAUGGUGCAUUCUCAAUUCUCUCAAACUCUACAAGUUUCAACUCCACAAGUUUCCAAUUGGGGGAGAUCGUAAAUACCGUGAGCAUGGUCUCAUUGCGGAGAGAGCUAAGGAGGUGUAUGAAGCUGCAGAGCAAGGGAAGUUUGAGACCUUAGAAGACAUUGUCAUGGAUUAUCCAAUUACUGCCUCAGGAAAAAAUGGUCUGCACGUAGUUGCAGAAUUUGGCCACAUAGACGCCAUGCACAAGCUCUUGGAUAGGGCAUCUGCAGAAUCCUUGAGCUCCAUCGAUAACCAAGGUAACACCAUUCUGCAUAAAGCGGCAAUAGCCGGUAAACGAGCCAUGGUUCAUGCCAUUUUAAGUAAGAAUUCGAGCCUGGUUACGGCUCGAAACCAUAUGGGUGAGACUCCUCUCUUUCUAGCUGCUCUCCAUGGUCAUGAGGAUGUGUUUGCAUGUUUAGCAACACAAGUAGAUCAACAGAGUGAGAGAGGCGAAUGUUGCUUGAGAAGGAAUGAUGGUGCCACAAUUCUCCAUGUUGCAGUGAAUGGAGAAUUCUAUGGUCUAGCACUAAAAAUCCAUGAAAGAUACAAGAAACUGGCGUUCGCACGUGACGAGGUAGGGUUCACACCAGUGCACAUCAUAGCGAACUCUCCAAACUCAUUCCAAAGUGGAACCACAUAUUCUUCAUCAAACAUUGGAAUGUCCCCUUCAUCUCUCAUGGACAUCAUUGCAGUUACCAUCUAUUCAUGUAUGCCCUUAUUGGACUUAUUAUUGCAAGGCAAGGAAAAGCGAAAAGAAGAUUCAAGUGGUGAUGUGGAGGCUUUAUGUGGUGGAGAUGAUCAACUCACUUCUUCUCGCUCUGUUCAAAGUAGUUCUUCCACCUCUGUUCGCAUAAUAUUUGGCUUCUGUGGUAUCAAACACAUCUAUCAAACAUGGUUGAAGCACAAGUUGGUGAAUCAAUUGGUCAAGAACAUGUUGAUAACUGAGUCGAAAUAUGGUUAUCAAGAUGAUGGUCAAACUCCCCAAAUGAGAAAUAAUUCACUUAUUCCUCAUGACAUAGACGAAAUGCAGACGUAUGGUACACCGACUUAUCUGAUCAUGGCUGUUAGGAAAGAUAUAGUGGAGCUAGUUCAAGAAAUCCUUAAUGUUUAUCCUGAGGACAUAGAUUUCCUCGAUGAAGAUGGGAAGAACAUAAUGCACUUGGCUAUUGAAAAUAGAGGAGAAAAAGUCUUUAAAUUUCUGAGAGAAAAGCAGAAAGAGAAGUGUAAGUCUGAGCUGUCUUUCUGUAUCGACAAGCACGGAAACAGUCUUCUGCAUAUUGCUGCGAAGCUUCAGAACUGCAGUAGUGAUGGGAAAUGUGCGGCGCGAAAGAUUCGGUAUAGUGUGCAGCUUAUGCAGUGGGAGUUGCUCUGGUUCAAGCGUGUGAAGCAUCUGUGCCCCCCUCACAUAGUGGCAUACAAGGAUGCAAAUGGGGCAACGGCUGGAGAAAUAUUCGCCGUCACACACAGGCCACUAAUCUCCGAAGCCGAGGACUGGCUGAAGAAAACUGCAAAAUCAUGCAUGGUGGUGGCCACACUCUUCGCUACAGGCUUGUUCGGAGCCCUCUUGACCGUGCCGGGGGGAUACAUACAGAAAGGGGUUAGUGAUAAUGGCACAGAUGCCCUCUCGCUUGCGCCAGAUGUGAGACACAGAGAUUUCACCUUGGCAUUGAACACGAGCAACCUCACGAUUCCGACUGCGGGCACACCCGUCCUCUUGCAUGUGUACCCAUUUAAAAUUUUCCUUUUCUUCUUAGCCUUGGCUCUUGUCUGUACUUGCCUAGCUUUAGGGUUUUUCACCUCAAUCCUAAUCUCACGUUACGAGGUAGAAGACUUCUAUUGGAUGCUGCCUAUGAAAUUUUAUGCUGCCAUUACAGCUCUCUAUCUUACAGCAAUAUGCAGCAUCACCAGCUUCACUCUAGCCUACUCUAUCGUUUGUGUUGACAUUUUCCCGCACUAUUUCAGCACUUGGAUUACAAUAAGCUACGUGGUUGCAGUGGUUGCAACCAUUGAGGUGUUCAUUGAUUUAAUAAUCGCCACCGGGAGGUACCUUGUGACUAUGCUCCUUGAAGAAUGGUACAAGCUUUGGACUGUGCACGGCGAAGAAGUCCCCAACAGAGAAAAAGUCGCCAUCUCCGGGGCAGGGGCCGGGGCCGGGGCCGGGGCCGGGGCCGGGGCCGGGGCCGGGGCCUGGGGCUGGGGCUGGGGCUGGGGCUGGGCACAGUGGAGAAGGCUCCAGCUCCGGGGCUGGGCACAGUGGAGAACCUGUACGAUGUGA